UCAUAAGAACCGCAGGAUUAGGAAUCGGAGGGAAGGGUGAGACUGUGAGAGCAGACAACAAGCAGAAGGGAGGCGCAGGCCUUCUCAAUUGUAACGCCAACAAAUGCCCAACGGCUCCAACCAAUUUCUCUCCCUCCCCCCAACAACUCUGAGAAUCCAUGUUGCAGGCUCUCCUCUCCCCCACGCACAUGGCGGUUCCCGCCUCACGUGCCCACACAAGGGGCCUCCGUCUCUACCGUCCACCACUUCUUCUCCCGGCACCUCAGCCUCCUAGCAAUUGUCGCUCCCCACGUCUCCGAUCAGUCCCCGCCGUGAGAAGCGCCAGUGGACUUGCUUUUGAUUUCAAAGGCGGAAAAGGAAUGAGUGGGUUCCUUGAUGUUGAGCUCAAAGUCCGGGAUUAUGAAUUGGAUCAAUAUGGAGUUGUAAACAAUGCUGUUUAUGCAAGUUAUUGUCAACAUGGUCGGCAUGAGCUUCUGGAAAAGAUUGGUGUCAAUGCUGAUGCUGUUGCUCGCACUGGUGAUGCAUUGGCACUUUCAGAGCUGACACUCAAAUUCCUUGCACCUCUGAGAAGUGGAGACAGGUUUGUGGUGAAGGUGAGGGUCUCUGAUUCCUCAGCUGCCCGCUUAUACUUUGAACACUUCAUCUUCAAGCUCCCAAAUGAAGAGCCCAUCUUGGAAGCUAGGGCCACAGCAGUAUGUCUCGACAAAAACUACCGUCCCGUUCGAAUACCAACAGAGAUAAGAUCUAAAUUGGUUCAAUUCCUACGACAUGAGGAAUCCCAUUAAGUUCUCUCUCUCAAAUGUGAAAGAACAAAUCAACAUUACAGUCGCUAAAUUACCUUUGCCACAACAUAGUACAUCUGUAGCAUGGUUCACUUCAUUUCAUAUAAUUUUUUAUACCAUUUCAUGGAUCUUUCUGACUUGUUCAGAUCCUGAAAUUUUUUCUUUUUUUGGUCGCAGUCAAUUUUGUUAUACAUUAAAUUUGAUUAAUUUCCAUUAGUAGCAUGUGAUUGAAGUA